AUGAUCCUAAACUUAAUUCUAGCAGUGAUAGGCGUUUAUAAUGGAAUUUCCUAUUUCUUUUUAAUGAAUCCAACUCUCUUACAUAAAUAUAAAGAUAAGUUACAAUUACCACAGCCACCAACAAACCAAAAGAAAUAUGUCCUAUCUCACAGAGCUGGUGCAUAUGAAAAGCCAGAGAGUACAGUUCAGGCUUUCUAGCAUUCGGAAUCGAUUGGAGUUCAUAUAAUUGAGACAGACAUACAAAUUACUUCAGAUAAUGUCCUUAUUGCAUAUCAUGAUGAGGAUUUUAUUAGGGCAUGUGGUGUUGAUGCUAAAGUUAUUGAAACUCCUUCAACAAGCCUUCCAUAACUAAAGGAUUCCAUUCCAAUAUGGUUUUCAUAUGAUGAUUCCUAUGAAAUGCAGUCUGGAGACUCCAGAUAAAUUGCAACCUUAUCUUAACUAUUCGCAGCAGUACCAAGUAGCACUGUUAUUGUAUUGGAAUUAAUAAAUGCAGAAAAUUAAGUUGCUUAGUAGCAACUGAUUAAUCUAAUUUAAAGCAAUAAUAGAAAAAGUACCACAGUAAUUGGGACAAUUGAAAGUAAAUAUAAUGCUUAAUUGAAUGCGAGAGAUCCAACUGUUCCUAUAUUUAUGCCUUCUGGAAAGGUCAUUUAAUACUUUUUACUUUAUGUUUUUGGACUUCUGCCAUUUGUUCCGAUUUCAGAGGAUUUUGCUUCAAUUCCAUAUAUGAGUGCCCAAUAUGCUUAUGCUAGAAUGAAAAAUAUGCCAAGCCUCUAUAGUGUACUUUACAUUGCUGUGACUUGGAUCAUAAGUCAUCUCUGCGAUAACAUGAUAAAGCAUUUUAACAAGAGAGGUAUUUACACUAACUACUAUGUUGCAAACCUAGAACGUGAUAUAGAAAAGAUUUAUAGAGGAACAAGUGCAAUGGGAGUAAUGACAGAUAAACCUACACUAGCUAUUAAUAUUCUCAAUAAAUUACCCUGA